CGUGACUUAUGGACUGAUGGUUUUGAUAAAGAAAAAAAAAAUAGUGUAUACGAAGCGAGCAAGCUGAAUAAAUUCUGGAGAAGACGUGGAGGUAACAUUAAAUUGACUAUAACUUUCUACACACUGUAAUUUAUUGAUUUAUGCUUGAAGUUCCUUAGAGAUAGUUGAAUUUAGGUAUCAUGUCUAUAUUAAAUAAUGCAUUUAUUCAAAGAUCUAUAAGGAUCCUCAAGAAGUACUACACUUUUGUAGGACCAGGACUUGUUGUUAGUGUAAGUUAUAUGGAUCCUGGGAAUUAUCUGACAUCUGUUUCUUCAGGUGCAAUGUAUCAAUAUAAAUUAUGUUUCAUUAUAUUUAUGUCAAAUUUAUUUGCUGUAAUAUUACAAGCUUUAUGUGUUAAAUUAGGUACUGUUACAGGAUUAGAUUUAGCAGAAAUGUGUCGAGCUCAUUUACCAUUUCAUUUAAAUCUUAUGUUAUAUAUAUGUGCAGAAUUAGCAAUUAUUGCAACAGAUUUAGCUGAAGUGGUCGGUACAGCCAUAGCUCUUGAAAUUUUAUUUGGAAUCCCACUUAUUUAUGGAGUCUUAAUAACAGUAUUAGAUGUACUUAUUAUAUUAAUGGCUUAUAAAAAGGAUGGAUCAAUGAAACAAACUAAAUUCUUUGAAAAUAUGGUGGCAGUCUUAGUGUUUGGAACUUGUAUUUGUUUCAUACUUGAACUAUUCAAGUGUCAUUUUGAAAAGGGUGCAGUUAUUGAAAUUAUUAAAGGAUUUUUACCAAUCAAUAGAGAAAUCUUUAAAGAGCCAACUGCAUUAUUUUUGAGUUGUGGUAUUGUGGGUAGUACUGUAAUGCCACAUUCAUUAUUUUUGGGUUCAGCGUUGGUUCAAGCUAGAUUAAAAGAUUAUGAUAUUAAACAUGGAAUUGUAGAUGAACAUGUACAAGAUGAAGAUGAAGAAGAUGAAAAUGAAAAUGAACCAACUAUUAUUAAUGAUGACAAUAUAUCUAUUAAUUCUGAUGAAGAUAUUAAUAAUAAUCACGAUACAGAAGUAUUAACUUAUACACUUCAAAAGAUUAAGAGUAUUUCUGAUGGAUCUAAAUUAUUAAAUAAAUAUAGACCAUCAUAUGCUGCAAUUAAAUAUUGUUUAAAUUAUUCUUAUGCUGAAUUAGUUAUAUCAUUAUUUCUUAUAGCAGUAUUUGUUAAUUCAUCUAUUUUAAUUGUGGCUGGUACAACCUUAUUUGGAAAACCAGAUGCUGCCGAUGCAGAUUUAUUAUCAAUUUAUGAAAUGUUAUCAUAUUAUAUAUCACCAGUUGCUGGAUUAUUAUUUGCUUUAUCAAUGUUAUUUUCUGGUCAAAGUGCUGGUAUAGUUUGUACAAUGGCAGGACAAAUUAUUAGUGAAGGAUUUAUAAAUUGGGCUUUAAAACCUUGGAUUAGAAGAGUAGUUACAAGAACUUUAGCUAUUGUACCAGUUAUUAUUGUAAUUAGUGUAUUAGGAAGAGAAGGGGUAUCUAAAAUUAUGAAUUCUUCUCAAGUUGUUUUAAGUUUUAUCUUACCAAUUGUAAGUGCUCCAUUAAUAUGGUUUACUUGUUCUAAAAAGUAUAUGACAGUUUAUGAUGCAUCUGAAUUAGUAUCUAAUAAUGAUGAAACUACUUUAUUAUUAAAUAGUUCUGGUCAAACACCUAUUGAUCAAGGAUUAACAGUUAAAAAGGUUACCUUUGAAAAUGGUUUAUUUUUAAGAAUAGCUAGUAUUUUAACCUGGUUAAUUAUUACAUUUUUAAACAUAUAUUUAAUUAUUGCAUUUGCCAAGGGGGCAGAUAUCUAGAAUAUAUUAAUUUACAUUUAUACAUUUAAUUUAAUUUAAUUUAAUUCUUAUAAUACAUAACACAAGUACUAAUAUCUCUUUUUCUUAUAAGUAUUAGUUCUUAAAUUGGGUAAUCUAUUAGAUGAUGAACUCUUACU